UCACAUGGUUUGUGAUCAGAUCACGUGGUAUAAAUGAUUACGUAUCUUAAAUGAGCUGAGCUUUCUCGUGUAUUUUCGUUGCUUUUAGUGGAGCCCCUGCAGAGUUAGCUGAUAUUAUUGAAGGUGAGUGACAUGAACAUGGGAUCCAAAGGAAAAAAGAAAAUGGUUCUGCCAACUCGACCUGACCUGCCAUCAGUGGAACAGAUCAUCGAGGACAUAAACCGAGCUGAGCCAAAUGAUCCGGUCUUCAGUUUUUUACAAACACCUACCGAAGCAGGAUCACACAGCAAUGAAGAAGUGGAGGUCCACUACUUGCAAAGCCGACACUACCUGGAGCUGAACGAGAGGUUACAGGAGGCUCGUAUUGAACUGACACGGAGAAGAGAUGAACUCAGGACGGUGGGGGAGUCUUUAGAACAAAGUGUGGCUGCGGUGAAGGGCACAGCACUCUGACUGGUCUUCAUGUGCACCUGGGGACUUCGUAUUUCUUGGUAUUGACUUACUAUAUGGAAUGGCUAAUAUGGGGACUUUGGAAGCAUUUCAGUGCCUGAAUUGUUACAUGUUAUUAAUUUGCAUGUAAAUGCAUCCUCCAUGAAUCAUAAGAGAUUUCCAUUAACUUUACAAGGUCCAAAGGCAUAUAAUAAAGUUGACGGGAACUGUUCAUGUUGUGAGGAUUCAAUAUGGAAGUCCGUUGUGUACAGUAGGUAAACCAACAAGAUGCUCUUUGCUCCUACACCGUCAUUUCCCCAAUAAACUCCCUGUUUUUCUUUUUGGUAUUACUGCUCAGUCA